AGUCUGCUGGUAACUAUAGCAACAAGGCAAAAAGCUAGACCGCUAGUUAGCAGCAACACUCUGCAACUUACAUUGUUUCAUUUGUUCCCCAGUCAGUUCAUAAAAAAUUAAAAUACCACGGUGAAAAUGCAGUAACCGCAUGUAGGUAAAAACAGAACUUAUACCGACUAACAGUGCUCGAUGUUUGUGUGUGCCGUUUGGGGAUGUUUACAUCGAACUAGCCAACUUGCUACCUCGUUACCGCCGUGUUAUUCUGAUCCAUGAUGGGCAAAGAUGUUGAGGAAGUCUCCGCGUCUCUAGUACGGGAGUAUCUCAGUCGAAAGGGCCUGAAGAAAACCAUAGCUUGUAUGGAUGAAGAGCUUCCACGAACUAAUUCAAGCAUUAAUAACAGAUCAGAUCUGCGCAGAAUACUUCACCUUGAGGGCCUUUACAAAAAGAAUAAGGCAGAAGAACAUCCUUUGAAUUCCAUGUUGGAGAUGAUUGUGAAGGACAGAAUAAGUGAAGGUGGCAAAAUCAAAGGAUGCCGACAUGACAGUCAAACCACAUCCAGUAUUUCGAUAGACAGGACUAGGAAUGUAAAAAGAGAGGAUUUUAUGGAAAAUCUUUUGUGUGACACUUCAAGGUUAUCUGAAGGCAGUGCGUCACAAGUUAUUGUGCCUUCCCAAACGUCUUCUGAAAAGCUGCGCAAUAGCUUUGCUGUUCACCCUGAAAGUGAGAGAAGUAUGCACUCUUUACCUUCUAGCCAGGAUAGUCUCUUAACAGUAUCAAAAGAGGGAAUUCUCUCUGAGAAAAAAGUUGUAGACACCGACAGCCAGAAGAACAGAAGUAGCAGGAUAAGACGGGGCAUUAUGGCGGGUCCGAUUGUCAGCUCCGCGCAGGAAAGUAACAGGAGGCAUCCAACUCGAAAAGCACCAUCAUCUGUUAUAUCAACCCUGGAGCACUGUAGAGAAACAGCAAACUGGACAAAUGGUGUCAAUUCUACAAAGUCUAUCUCAUCAGCCCCUCUUGAAGAGGGCGGCAUGUUUUCUAAUUUACAUACAGGAAGCGUAGAUUGUAAUCGACAUGAGAGGACGUCAGAUGUCAAGCAUGGCUUAAAGAAUUCGGCACCCAGCCCAAAACUGGAUGGACUCCAUGUGUUGGAAAUGGUUUUGGAUGACGUGGAGAAUGAGGAUAGCCUGUGUGAUGUUUCUAGAGCAUCCAUGCCAAAACUUAGUUUGGACAAGACUCCCAUGGACCAAAUGACUGCCACUGCUCUGAAGGAGAUCAUCUUUGGUUCUUCUAUGGCUUGUUUCACUGAGGAGUGGAAACAACAGAAUUUGACCUUUUCAGAUAUUCCUGGUUUGAAGUAUGGGAUUGUACAAAAGAAGGGAGGACCGUGUGGAGUUCUUGCAGCAGUUCAAGCUUGUGUUCUACAGAAGCUUCUGUUUGAAGAAUCAAGCAAUGAAUCAUCAGAGAGGAGAUUGGAGGUAUCAAGUGUUUUACGGACUAAAUGUUUGUCUCUGGCUUUGGCUGACUUACUGUGGAGAGCAGGGAAUAUGAAAAGAGCCACAGUCGCAAUAAACACAGGAAGAAGUCUGUUCACCCCAGUUGGACGCUACAAAUCAGAUGGUAUUCUAGAAAUGAUAACGUACGUCACUGUGGAGACCUUAGAUGAUCUCGCUUUAGUUCUUGAGCAACAUGUUAGACAGUUUGAGUCUGGUCCCUUUGGCUGUAUCCUGUUUACAGUCUCCGCCAUUCUUUCCAGAACUAUUGCAAUUAUAAAAAGUGAUAUGGAUGUGCCAACUUCCACCCUCAUUGGAGCUCACGGCUACUGCACACAGGAAUUGGUAAAUCUUUUGCUUUGUGGACGGGCAGUUUCAAACGUCUUUAAUGAUGAAAUGAAGCUUGAUUCCGGAAAUGGAAAUUUUACACUUCUGAAGGGAAUUAAAACACGUUGCAAUAUUGGGCUGAUGUCUUUAUUUGAGCACUAUAAUAUAUGCAAGAUUGGAUCUCACCUCAAAUCUCCCAAGUUUCCAAUUUGGGUAGUGUGCAGCGAGAGUCAUUUCAGUGUGCUCUUUUGCCCCUCUGAAGAUCUGGCAACCGAUCACCGCAAAGAAGAAGAGUUUGACUUGUACUAUUAUGAUGGGCUGGCCAACCAGCAGGAACCAAUUAGAUUAACAGUCUAUCCACAUUCUGCUGCUGGUGCUGCUCAGAAUGACGACGCAGACAGUGAUCUCAUUCCUCCACUGGAGCUCUGCAUCAGGACAAAAUGGAGAAAUGCUGUGGUCAGCUGGAACAAUACAGAUCCCAUUCUUUGAUAAUGCACGUAAAGGAGAUUUUUAUUUGACCUUGUAUGAUUUUAUCUGGUUUCAAUUAGGUUUUAUAUUCAAAAAAUGCAUGUGUUUAGUGUUUAUUUAGUUUUGAUUGCCGUCAUUCUUAAUUUAUAGUAUUUUCAUCAGUUUGGUGACCCUCUUGCUUGUUUUAUACUUUAUAUUUAAGUCUCUCAUAGUGUUACAUUGGAGGUAUGGCAUAAGGAACUGUUAUGUUUUGUCUUACUUUAUUCAAAUCAUGAGGAAAUUAUCAGUGAGAAUGACUUGUGAUGUGUUAAUAAUUGGCAUUGUUCAUUCUCUAGUAAUUAAAGGGAUAGAUUACUCAAAAAUGUCAAUUCUGUCAUUGUUUACUACCUCCUACCAUUCCAAACAUAUGUUUAUGACUUUUUCUCUUCUGAGGAACACAAGAGAAGAUAUUUUGAAGAAUGUUGGAAACCGGUUUGCAUGACAAUUAAAUUGUGGACAAACAUCUGACAUUUCUAAAAAUGUCUGAAGAAAUUCAUAGUUCAUAGAAAUGUAUCAGUUUUUUGAAAUGACAUGAGGGGUGAGUGUAUUUAAAAUUUUUGGUGAACUAUCCCUUUUACUGUGUGCAAGAAAAAGGUUUCUAAUGAAGAUAUACAGUGCACCUUGCAUGGUGAAGACUCUUUGGUUUACUAAAAUGUCACAAGAAAUGCAUCAUAGAUAUUAAAUCUUCCUUGAACUGGA